AUGGCUGCAAAAAACAAAAGCAAGAAGUCGAAGUCUGAAGUGAAUGAAGAUGCAGAGAUUCCUCUACCAAAUGAAGAAGAGAAGUAUUUAGAAAAGCUUGUGUUCGGAGAUCAAGAAGGAUUUUCCAAUAGUUUGAAACAAAUCGACCGAUUGUAUGAUGAACAAGAAGAAGAGGGAGAAAAGGGAGAGAAGCUUUUCAUAUAUGAUUCUGAGUCUGACGAUGGAUAUUUAUCCAAGAUGAAGAACCGGGAAGAAGAAGUAGAUGAAGGAAAUGAAGAAGAAGAAGUAGAGGACGAGUUCUCCAAGUUAAAUGAUGACCGGCUAUUCAUUGAUGAUAGAGAUGGGGAAGAAGACAAGGAAGAAGAUAAGGAAGAAGAUAAAGAAGAGGGUAAGUCAGAUGAAGAUGUUGAUGAAGAUGCUAUGGAUGUAACGAGUGACAGCAAUGAUGCAUGGUAUGAUAGUGAUGACCAAAAUAUUGAGGUAUCAUUGGCAUCAUCAGACAAGCUUCGGAAGUUAAAAGCAACCGAGAAUGAGGAGAAAUUGAAAGGAAAUAGAUACAUUUUGCGACUUCGAGCUCAGUUUGAAAGAAUAUAUCCAAGGCCAGCAUGGGCAGAUGAUUACGAAGGAAACGAAACAGUGAAAGAUGACACCACCGACGACAUUAAUGAGCAUAAGUUCGAUUCUGUGGGAGAUAAGAGCACACAUACGCAUAUUUCUGCCUCUAGUAAUCCUUUGGUAGACUUCUUGAGAACUAAUCAGUCAUACCGAUUGAGCGAUAAGAACAUGAGACUUCUAUCUCCUGAAAAAAUAGAUAUUACUAGACUUGUGGAUGCCAACAUCAAGAAUAUUUCACAUUCAGCCAUACAGACAAUGAGUUUCCACUCAACUCAUCCGUUACUUCUUACUGGAGGUUACGAUAGAACGUUGAGGAUCUAUCACAUCGAUGGUAAGCAUAACAACAUGGUGACAUCAUUGCAUCUCCGUAAUAGUCCAGUUCAGACUGCUAUCUUCAACAACAGCGAAUCCACAGAUAUCUUUGCUGCGGGAAGAAGAAGAUACAUGUAUAAAUGGAGCGUGAGCAACGGUCAGAUCGAGAAGAUUACCCGACUUUAUGGUCACGAGCAGACACAGAGAUCUUUUGAGAACUUCAAACUCAGUCCAAACGGGGAAUUCAUCGGAUUAAUAGGUAGUUCUGGAUGGAUUAACCUUCUUUCCACCACUACUGGACAAUGGAUUCGAGGAUUCAAGACUGAAGGUAAUUUAGUGGAUUUCGAUUUCAGUACUAGUAGUCCAAUGAUUAUCGCUGCAAUCAACAGCGGAGGAGAGAUAUGGGAGUUUGAAGUCAAGACUGGGAAGGUGUUAAGCCGCUGGACAGACGAUACAGGUGUUGGAGUCACCAAAAUCAAGUUUUCUGGUUACAAUGGUAACGAUAGAUGGUUGGCAGUGGGUAGUAAUACUGGAAUAGUCAACAUCUACGACCGAAUGAAGGGCAACAAACUUAUAGGUUGUGUGGAAAACCUUGUGACAAGUAUUUCGUCAUUGCAAUUUAACCACGAUGGUCAAUUGUUGUGCAUAGCAUCAAAAGCAAAGAAAGAUGCUCUUAGAUUAAUUCAUAUUCCAAGUUGCAAAGUGUAUAAGAACUGGCCAACCAGUGGAACUCCUUUGGGAAAAGUGACGUCAGUUUGCUUCAGUCCGAAGAGUGAAAUGCUUGCCACUGGUAACGAGGCUGGUAAGGUGAGGUUAUGGCGGUUGAACCAUUAUUAG